UCUUGAUCGAGAUUCCACAGUAGCGGUGUUUAAACAAUAUAAUCUGUUCGAAGCUACCAUGGCGCCUCGGGCAGAAAUAGUCGAUGGGGUCAAGACCUUCAUCCCACUCGAGAACAAUCCUGAGAUCCUCAAACUCCUCUGCGAGAAUCUCCAAGCAUCACCGGAUCUCAAAUUCCACGACAUCAUCUCAACCGCUCCAGAAUUCCUCCAAGAAUACCAUUUUGGAUCCUGUCGCGCCCUCAUCGUCCUCACGCAUCAUCCCAUAUAUCAAGCUGCCCGCUCACACGUCGAACUAACCAUACCAGAAUACAAAGGCUCCGGCCCCAUUGAACCAGUAAUAUGGAUGAGACAAACGAUUGGCCAUGCUUGCGGUCUGAUGGCUCUCCUGCACGCACUCUUCAAUCUAGACGGCGGGCGAUAUGUGAGCCCCGGCACUACCUUAGCUGCACUCCGUCAACAGGCCAUCUCUCUCGGUCCCACAGAGCGAGCGCAGCUAUUAUAUGACUCGAGCUUUCUUGAAGAGGCACAUAUGGAUGCAGCUGCGCGUGGUUCCUCAAGAGCCCCUUCACCUCGAGAUGAUAAUCACCACCAUUUUCUGGCCUUUGUGCAGAAAGACAGGGAAGUCUGGGAGUUGAAUGGUGGGAUGAAUGGACCAUUGCUCAGAGGUGUACUGAGUCAAGGGGAGGAUCUUUUGAGUGAGAGAGGACUGGAGCUUACUGUUCGGGAUUUCUUGGUUGCUGCUGAGCGGACUGGAUGUAAUGAGAUGAGUAUUGUUGCAGUCACUGGAACCGACGGAGGGGCAUAAGGUUAGCUGGAAAGUAUCUCUCCGAGGGGUAGCAGCUAUAGAUAUCUGGGCUGUGGUGUCAAUCAUUGGAAGCCCUUGAUAUCGAUUAUGUAUACUUUGAAGGUAGAUGAAUUCGCUAACUGGUUGUAACGAACAUAUACCUUGACACUGUACAACAGAAAUAUUGAAACAGUAUUUUACCAUUCG